GCUGCUGCUGCUACUGCUGCUGGCCAGUGAUCCAUCCGGCUCUGCUGGCUGCUGCCUCAAUCCUCCUUUAUCUGGUUCUCAGAAAUCCUCUCCUCGAUUUUCCCCCCCCCUCUUCCUUCUCUCCACCUCGUCUACUCCAUUCCUACCUACCCCUGGCCUUGGUCAGGUACCGCCCCUUCCCCGCCGCCAACUGUCCUCUCUCGGUCGUCCUCCGUCCAACCCCGGCCAACUUCCCUUUGAUGCAGCCAUAGUCCGUCUCGUUGACCAUCGCUCUCGUGCCCCUCGAGGGCCCGUCCCAUUCCUCCCACCAUGUCCUACCAGGCCCAGGCGGGUCACCCGGUCCCCGUCUACAACCCCAUGGCCGCCAUCAGCGCCCCCGCCGGCACCUUUCUGCCCGGAACCAAGGUCCAAGUCGGCAGCCAUCGGGUCGUGGUCGAGAAAUACCUCUCCGAGGGCGGUUUCGCCCACGUCUACGUUGUGCGCCUGCCUCAACCCGUUGAUGGCUCCGAUCGGGCGGUCCUCAAGCGCGUGGCCGUCCCGGACAAGGCGGCCCUGGCCAACAUGCGCACCGAAGUCGAGACCAUGAAGAAGCUCAAAGGGCACCGGCACAUUGUCACCUACAUUGAUUCUCAUGCGUCGCAGCUGCACGGUGGCGGAUACGAGGUCUUUCUUCUUAUGGAGUUCUGCUCCGGUGGCGGUCUGAUCGACUUUAUGAACACGCGCUUGCAGAACCGACUGACCGAGCCGGAGAUCAUCAAGAUCUUUUCCGACGUGGCGGAAGGUGUCGCCUGCAUGCACUACCUCAAGCCUCCACUGUUGCAUCGAGAUCUCAAGGUCGAGAAUGUUCUCAUCUCUCGCCAGGGGAGCACCUCUCUCUACAAGCUGUGCGACUUUGGCUCCACGGCCCCGCCGCGCCCGGCCGCCACAUCCGCGGCAGAAGGCCGGCUGAUCGAGGACGACGUCCAGCGCCAUACCACGCUACAGUACCGCAGUCCGGAGAUGAUCGACGUCUACCGAAAGCAGCCUAUCGAUGAGAAGAGCGACAUCUGGGCCCUGGGUGUCCUUCUCUACAAGCUGUGCUACUAUACGACUCCGUUCGAGGAGGUGGGGCAGAUGGCCAUCUUGAAUGCAAGCUACAAGUUUCCUAGCUACCCGCCUUUCUCCGACCGCUUGAAGAUGCUAAUUGCCUGGAUGCUGAAAGAACACCCCCAAAAGCGCCCGAAUAUCUUCGAAGUGGUGCGCGAGAUCUGCCACAUGCAGGGCAAGGAUGUCCCGAUCCGCGAUAUCUAUGCCAAUCGCUCGACGUCGGAAGCCCGCCGGUACCAGGAACUCCCGCCAUCACCCACCGAAACACCGCAGGUGGGUGCCGUCUUUUCUCCCCCGGUGCAGGAGACUCAGAUCAUUCCGGAGAUUGCUCCGAUGCGACGGGGCCGUCCGACAAGACCGACUCAGUCGCAACACAGCUCCGCCAAACCGAGCCCGUCCCCGUACCGCGGCUCCGGAGAUCCCUUUGCAGUCCUCGAUGCUGGCAACCGACAGCGGGAGUCUGCCGAUGAGUUUGCCAACCGAUUUCCCUCUCUGGACCAAUUCCAGAUCCUGCACGAGAAGGGGGGCAAGUUCGACUUCGAGCCCACCGUUUCCGGCACCAAAGCCGAAGACGAGGAUCUGGCGCAGAGGCUUACCAACGCACUGGCAGACGACGCAUUUGCCAAGCGGCCCUCGCCGGAGAAUGAGUCGAUCCCCAAGCCCGCGUCGGAGCCAACGGUCCUUCGACGCCCUCAGCCGACGCCGAUCAAAACCAAGUCCUCGGAGGUGCUCGAGACCUACCGCGAGGAUUCCCGGUCCCAGGUGCCCCUGUAUCAGCCCGUUCCGCAGAAACCGACCAUGGUCUCGACGGGCACGAUGACCUCCCCUCCGGCGACGCCUGGACUGGAGUCCAAGCCAUCUAGCCGUCCCAUCUACAAGUUCCCUGCCGGUGACCAUCAACGUCGGCCGUCCAGCCAACCGUGGACGGCGGAAACGGACCGGAAAUCGGCCCGGCAGAGCAAGGUUCCGUCGCCUACCAGCUCCUCCUUUCCCAAUCCAAGAGUCUCGGCCGACCGGGUCUCCGAGCUGUCCGCCUCACCGCGGCCAUCCCUGGACGGGCUCCGACCGACCAAUCUGGACGUGGAAGAGCCCGUCCGGUCCAAGUCGGCCAACAGUCGAUCCCGGCCAGUAUCAGUUCAUGCUGGGGCGCGAUUUGAGGUACCUCGCGGAUCGGAGAGCGCACGCUCAUCGCUCGACCUGCCGCGCCCGUCAUACGAUGGUGGCGCGCCCCUGCAACAUGCGCGCACGGAGACAGACCAACCGUACGACCGCAACAUCUCGUCGGAUGUAGAUUAUCUGCGGGCGCGAGAAGAGGAGAGCAGCCGGAAGCGCGAGAAGCGGUACAGCGGCACGGCCAAGCACACCAAACGGUCAAGCCUGUCGACACUGUCACUGUCGGGCACGAAGACGCUGUUUGCGGGGCGGUUCGGCGAUGCCUUCCGGCGGUUCGAACAAAGCAAUCCGGACAGCAAGACGCAGUCUCCUGUGGCCGAGGAGUUUCCCAAGCCGGUGGUGCCAGCAGCGGAGGUGACGGCCGAGCCGGCCAGCGAUCUGAUCGAAAUGGACAAUGAGGACAUCUCCCCCGAGAUGCGGCGGGAGCUGGAGCGGCGGCGCCUCUCCCAGGAGGAGAAGCGUGUAGCCAGCGCGGCGGCGGAGUACCGCCGGCGGGUGGCCGAGGGCGGCGCGGGCGGCUGGAAGGGCAACGACGGAUCCCGGUCGCAGGCGAUCCAGAACAAGGUGCAGUCGCUGCUCAGCGAGUCGAACCGGGCGCCGCCUCCGCCGAAGACGGCGACGGGCUACGGGCGAUACACGGACGAGAGCCCCGCUUUGCAGGCAAAGCCCACGGAGGCGCGUCCAGAUACACGGGUGAACACCCGGGUGACUGGCUCGGGGUACACGCCCUCUGCGGCCUCGCCGGUGCAGGAACGAUUCGAACCUCGCGGACUGUCGCGGCAGGAAACGGCGUCGACCGGAUAUGCGGUCUCGCAGCGUACGGGGCCGCGGCCAGCGCUACCACCAAAGCCCAAGGGGCUGCGGGUUGGUGCAGCGGAGAGCCAGGACAGCAGUUCCACGGUGACAUCGCCGACGGUGGGGGGCGAUGAUUGGGAGGAGAACUUCAGCCGACGAUUCCCAAGUCUGUCGGGAUUAGAGAUGGAGACGGAGAUCGAGAUGGCGCGGGUGCCACUGCGGACGCGAGAGGUGUAAUGGUGUUGAGAUAUAGAUAGAACGUAAUCUGUUAUACAUAGGUAGACCUGUGCGAUCAGCGAGCGAGCAAUGCAUUUACCAGUGAAAGUUAG